CCACCGCCCGACCCUCCGUCCCAAUGGAAGUGGAAAUGCCACGAGUGCGGCAGGAAAUACUUACUCGCCUGCACACGGCGCUGCUUCAACUGCGGCCACAAGUACUGUCUCCCCAAGAGCAGGAACCGCCGUUUUCGUCGCAAAAAGAGGCCCGACUGGGACUGGGACGAGGUCUGCACCCCCAAGUUCGACUACCCGGGCUGGGCGGCCUGGGGCUCAUACCGCCGCACACGACCAUACGAUGAAAAGGAGGAGGGGGAGGCCAGGGACUACAUCUUCGCGACGUGGGAACUGAGGCCGGAGAAGAAGAGGGGCAGGGCGCCAGGCCUUGACUCGUGGCGGCUACGGCCGAGGGCCGAGCGUGACGAGGUCGCCCGCCGCAAGGAGGACAUGUAUGUCCUACAGAAGCUCAGUUGCUUCGUCCACUGCGACUUCCCAUCCGAGUGCCGCUACGCACGCGAAACAUCUCUUGAGAGAUGGUUGAAAGAUGCCAAGGAUCUAGCUGCUCAGAAGAGAAAAGGAAACGGCUAG